GGUCUCUACUGUUCAAUUCAAUCUUCCAUGCUGCUUCAACCAAUACCAACUAUCUCUUUCCUCAUUUGAGUCACUUCUCUUUGACAAGUUCAUUAAUUUCACAAGUCUUUGUCUCUGCAUUUCCAAAAUUCUUGGGGGGCUUCUGCCAGAAUUCUGGCAAUUUAGUUCUGUUUUGAGCUGAAACUUCUUCAAUAUCAGCAACCCAUUUCUUGUUUUAGAUUGUUUUCUUUUUUCUUGAACUCAGCAGCUCCAGGGAAAGGAAUCAUGGCUAUGCAUGUUAGCAGUGCAUGCUUUUCUGUUUUUAGUCACAGGAGAGUUCAUAAGAUUAGAGCUGUUGCUUCUGAAAAUGUGACCACAGAGGAUGAUAAGGUGAAACUGGGGGGUUCUGAUUUGAAGGUGACAAGGCUUGGGAUUGGAGCUUGGUCAUGGGGGGACACCAGUUAUUGGAACAACUUCGAAUGGGAUGAUAGGAAGAUGAAGGCUGCUAAGUCUGCUUUUGAUGUCAGUGUUGAUGCUGGUAUAACCUUCUUUGAUACUGCUGAAUUCUAUCAGUGUAAACAAACAUUUUACUGUUCAUUUUUGCAGGCUUCUUUUGGUGCUAUAAAUUCUGAAACUCUUCUAGGAAGAUUUGUCAAGGAAAGGAAAGAAAAGGAUCCAGGAUUGGAGGUUGCUAUUGCAACCAAAUUUGCAGCUCUGCCAUGGAGGCUGGGUCGUCAGAGUGUCAUUGCUGCCCUUAAGGAUUCCCUCGGUCGCCUUGGAGUUUCUUCAGUAGAACUGUAUCAACUCCAUUGGCCUGGAAUAUGGGGAAAUGAAGGGUAUCUUGAUGGUCUUGGAGAUGCUGUUGAACAAGGCCUUGUGAAGGCUGUUGGUGUUUCAAACUAUAGCGAAAGGCGAUUGCGUGAGGCACACAAGAAACUUCAAAAGAGAGGUAUCCCACUAGCAUCAAACCAAGUGAAUUACAGCCUCAUAUACAGGGCACCAGAGGAGAAAGGAGUAAAGUCUACCUGUGAUGAACUUGGGAUCACUUUGAUUGCCUAUUCGCCUAUUGCUCAAGGUGCUCUUACAGGAAAGUACACACCUGAAAAUCCUCCCACCGGUCCUCGAAGACAGAUUUAUACUCCUGAAUUUCUGACAAGGCUCCAGCCUCUACUGAACCGGAUCAAGGAAAUAGGAGAAAAGUACAGUAAAACAAACACACAGGUUGUCCUAAACUGGUUGAUAGCCCAGGAUAAUGUUGUGCCGAUCCCAGGAGCCAAAAAUGCAGAACAGGCUGCAGAAUUUGCCGGUGCACUUGGAUGGAAGCUCGACACUGAAGAAGUAUCUGAAUUGCGCUCUUUGGCUACAGAGAUAAGACCCGUUACUGGUUUCCCUGUUGAAAACUUAUAGAUUUUUUAUACAAGCAUCUGAGUUGUAAAUUCCUCUAUACAAGAAUGUAUACAAUUCUUCAUAUCAAAUACAAAUAUCAUGUUUUCUAUAAGAAUAAGAAUGAUUGCAGUUUGACCAUUAAUGUAACUAAA